GACCAACCCUUCAAUUCCCUCGACACCCAAUUCUCUAUCGGGAUCGCUUCAUCUAAAUUCCGAUUCCAUUUUCCGAUAUCUUCUGUUUGGAGGCUUUUCAAAAUGGAUUUUUAUAACAAGGAAGAGGCUAAUAGGGCAAGAGAGGCUGCAGUGAACAAGUUUAUAGCAAACGAUUUCGCUGGGGCGAGGAAGUUUGCCUUGAAAGCUCUGUCCUUGGAUCCCGAGAUCGUUGGAAUCACGCAGAUGGUGGCUACUUUCGCUAUGCAUUUAGCUGCGCAGCACACCAUAAACGGGGAGGUAGACCACUACGGCGUGCUCGGCGUACACCCCCAGGCUGACGAAGAAACAGUGAAGAAACGUUACAAAAAGUUGGUUGUGAUCCUUCAUCCCGACAAGAACAAGUCGAUCGGAGCUGGUGAAGCCUUUAAGCUUGUUUCUAAGGCAUGUGAGGUGUUGUCCGACAAAGAAAAGCGAGCUGAGUACGACUCGAAGAGGAACUUCGUGGUGUGUGAAGGAAGAGGAGCUUCGUCGUCGUCAAAAAAAGGAGCUGCUAAAGGGAAGACUCCAAAGAGAGGUGUGAAGCAAGCAAGUGAUGAUGCCUCUACCUCUUCUGCUCCUCCAGCUCCUCCUGCUCCUGCUCCUCCGGCUCCUCCGGCUCUUGAUGUUGCUACCACUUCUGAUGGAACGUUUUGGACUGUGUGCAGCAGUUGCACGAGACGAUAUGAGUAUCAUCGCAUUUACUUAAACCAGAACCUCCGGUGUUCCCACUGCCGCAAGCCGUUUAUAGCUGUGGAAACAGCUCCUCCGCACUCUUCCAUCCGCAAGACCUUCGUCGAGCAUCAGUUUGAUUCCCUUGAGUGGAGUGCUGUAACGACCACUGGAACCAUAACCGCUGCUCAUGACUCCCAGGCUGUGCCUAGAGAGUCCACCAAAAGGUCGGCGGCUGAUUCUCCAUCCACAAACCCUCCAAAAAGAAGAAAGGAGGCUGUGGUGGAGGAAAAUGCAGCGGCUGCUGCUUCCAACGUAGCAAGCUCUUCUUCUGCUCCUCCCAAGUCCAGCACUGCGAGAGACUUUUCUGAGGGGGAGCUGAAUAACGUGCUGGUGAAGAAAUCUAAACCGAUAAUCGUCAGUAAUCUUCAAGAUCUAAUCACCAUCGAUCCUGAAACUGAGGAUGUCAACAUGGCCAAUGCAUCACACUGCACGGACCCCGUUGAGGAUGAUACUACUCGUACUGAUAAGGACUUGCCUGCCUUGGGAGCCUUGACAAUAAACGUUCCUGAAGAACCAGACGUUUGUGACUUCGGAAAGAACCGAACCCAAAAGUCUUUUAGUGACAACGAGAUAUGGGCUUCUUACGACAUUUUAGCGGGGUUGCCUCGAGUCUACUACAUGAUAGACAAGGUUCUCUCCCUAGAUCCAUUCAAACUGUGUAUCACUCGGCUAACUACUUCACGGACCAACAGCGGCCCCACGUCAUCGAGCUGGCUUGGUUCACAAAGAACUUGCGGAGUCUUCAGAGCUGGGGAUAGUCACAUCUGCUUUUCGCCUUACAGUUUCUCGCACAAAAUGGAGGCGGUGAAAGGCGAUCAAGGAGAGUUUCUGAUAUACCCGAGGACAGGUGAGGUAUGGGCUAUGUAUAGAAACUGGCCAAGUGAAUGGAACUAUCUUGAAGGAAACAGAGCGGAUAAGUACGAUGUGGUGGAAGUGGUUGAAGGAUAUACAGAGGAGUAUGGUGUUAGGGUGGUUCCUUUGAUGAAAGUUGCUGGUUUCAGUUCUGUGUUUCGCCAUUACUUGGGUCCCAAGGAAAUCAUAGGCUUCUCAAAGGUUGAGUUGGCAAAAUUCUCUCAUCAGAUACCGUCUUACUUGCUCACAGGUAAGGAUGCAGCUGAUGAACUCGGAGGUUGCAGGCAGCUCGACCCAGCAUCAACACCGUUACAUCUGCUUGAGAUCGUUGAUGGAUAG